UCAUCUCUCCCAAACUCCAAGAGGGUCAACAACUGAAUGGCCAGCUGAUCCAGAAGGUCUUCAGAUCAAAGGCUCUGUAUGUCAGACCAUCACAAACUCUUCUUGUAAAUUAUGGUAUUGUUUUCUGUGAGAAAAAAAAUAUUACUGUAGUUUUGUCUAUGGACACACUGAUACUUUAAUUUACAUUUUAUAUUAAAAGCAUUUCAGAGCUUCUCGGGAUGUUAAAGACAUCUAGUAAUAGUUUUGCUUCAGAACAACCCUGGCUCCAUCAUUUGGUUAUUAAAGCAUUGUUAUUGAUCCUUUAGAUGGCUUAGAAAUAAAUAUUACUAUAUUCUGUUACAAAGAUAAUUUUACAGAGAAGCAUUCCAUGGGAGUUAAGGAUACAUUUAUUAUUUCAAAACGUUUGGUUUCCAUGUGGUGCCUUGGUUAAAUCUUACAGGAAGAUGUUAAAGUAAGAAAUGUGACUGCAUAUCAAAUAUCUCUGCGGACAACAAGAGCCCUGGCUAGAAGUAAACAGCUCAACACAAUAGAAAAUGCCCUCUACAACAAUGACUUGGAGAGUGCAGAUGAAGAAUUGCCAGCAGUACACCAUCCAACCUUUUGCCCAUCUCACAUCAGCAAUCCAAAUAUCCCACCUUCUGCUACAACUACAACUCAGUCCAACUACCUCCAUCAGCACCAGGUCAUCUGCCACAGACUCCAACCCCUCUGCCAUUGUUGAACUCUGCGAAGAUGAACCAACGGCACACGCAAGCUCCAACUACACAACCUAUUUGUCAGUGAUGUCAAAUGUUUCUGAUCUGUCCUCUGAUGACGAAGAAAUGAAUCAUGCCAUUUUGGCCAGUAUUGAAACUCACUUAUCUGAAACUUCUUCCAAGAGCUUGCCUGUGAAGGACAUACAGGAAGAGCUGUCCAAACAUAUUGACACUGGAAUGCACUGCAAAUUCAAUGUCAGUCGUUCAGCAGUUUUAGAUGGAGCCAUAUGUGGAUUUAAAAGGGUAUCAUACAAUCCACUUUUCUCAAUGAAUGUGAAAUUCUCUGGUGAUUUUGGAAAAAAUGAAGAGGCGAUUGAUUUGGGUGGCCCACGGAGAGAAUGUUUGCGUUUACUCAUUGAAGCCUUGUCCAUGUCUCCGAUGUUUGAAGGCACAGAUGAAAGCAAAAAUUUAGCUAUGAAUAGUACAGCCAUGAGGGAGGACAAGUACUUUUUGGCUGGAAGGGCAAUUGCUGUUAGCCUCGUCCAUGGAGGUCCAGCUCCACGGUCCCUUUCUCCAGUCCUUUUCGCUAGCUUGGUUGGAGGUCCAAAUGCGGCUUGUCCUACUUUAAAAUAUGUAACUGAUGCAGACCUCCAGGAAAAACUGAAAAAGAUGUAUUAGGUAUCUGAAAGUUCUACUUUGGAGGAGCUUCUGAGAGCCACAGAUCCUCUUUUAGACUACAUGACCAAUGCAGGAUGUGUCAGACCCUUAACAACCAUCAGUGAUCGAGAUCUUCUCCUGCGUGACCUGCUGAUGUUUCAU